GAACAUGUCCAUGCAAACCAUUCUACUGCAGAGGAGACAACCGAGGGUAAGAGAGACUACCUGGCCCCAUCUCACAAUUAAAAUGAAUGGAUCUGGACACAAAGAACCCAACCAUAUCUACAUACAAGCACAAUGAACGUCGGAUAGACUAAUCUUCAAUUACAGCCAAGCUAUUAACUCGGCAAGUCUUAAUCAAGGUGGUCAUGGCAUAGAAAUAAUAUUCUUAGGACCCAGGUCCGAAUCUCCUCUCACACUAAUCAGGCAUAAUUAAAAAAAUGGUAGUGUUGAGGGUAAAAAGUCUCACGCGCCAGAAUGGGUGUUAGAACCUGCUACAAUCCACGCACAUGCGCUAAAAGGUAUUUCUUGUUAUAAAUACUCAAACCAUCCAUGUAAGAGAACAAGCAUAUAAUAUAUUUCUUCUUCAAGUCAAAACACUGCACCAGCUCUUCAUUCAUGGCCAACGAAGAUCAUAAGCUUCACAUAGCCAUGUUUCCAUGGCUAGCCUUCGGUCACAUAAUCCCCUACUUAGAGCUCGCAAAGCUUUUAGCCGGAAAAGGUCACAAGAUCUCCUUCAUUUCCACCCCCAAAAACAUCGAUCGCCUUCCAAAACUCCCUCCAAACAUAGCUCCUCUCGUAACCUUCGUGAAGCUCCCACUCCCCCAAGUGGACAAUCUUCCAGAAGAUGCGGAGGCCACGUCAGAUCUUCCCUUCAACAAAGUCUCUCAUCUCAAAUUAGCCCAUGAUGGCCUCCAAGAACCCAUGACCCGGUUCCUCCAAUCCGCGGAUCCGGACUGGAUCCUCUACGACUUCAGUCUCUACUGGCUCCCUCCCAUAGCCCGUAACCUCGGUAUCCCGAAUGCGUUUUUCAGUAUCUUUAACGCGGCAAUGGUUAGCUACGUCAAGCCCACGUUACCUUCCCUGGACUUUCACGAUGAUCUAACGAAACUAGAGGAUUUCACUGCCCCGCCCAAGUGGGUUCCGUUUCCCACCACGGAGUCGUUUCGGUUUUUCGAGGUUUUGAGAAUCUUCGACUCAUUAGCCGGCGCUGAGUCCGAUAUCUCAGAUCUCGCCCGCGCAGAAAUGGUGGUCAGAGGCUGCGACGCGGUCCUCGUGAGAGGUUGUUACGAGUUUGAGCCGGAAUGGUUGCGGAUGUUGGAAGAUAUUCACGUGAAACCGGUUCUUCCGGUUGGUGAACUUCCCACGACGGCUAAUGAAACCGAUGAAGAAACCGACACGUGGAGGCAUACAAAGCAGUGGCUUGACAAGCAAGAGAGGGGAUCUGUAGUGUACGUGGCUUUCGGGAGCGAAGCGAAACCGAGUCAAGACGAACUCACUGAGAUUGCACUCGGGUUAGAACUAUCCAAGUUACCAUUCUUUUGGGUACUAAAGACUCGCCGUGGACAAUCCGAUCCGGACCCGAUUGCGUUACCGGACGGGUUCGAGGAGCGAACUAAAGGGCGUGGCUUCAUAUGGACGAGCUGGGCGCCUCAAUUGAAGAUUCUGAGUCAUGACUCUGUGGGCGGGUUCUUGACUCACUCCGGGUGGACGUCGGUAGUGGAGGCGAUUCAGUUUGAGAAAGCUCUGAUACUGCUGGCUUUCUUGGCUGAGCAAGGGAUAAAUGCGAGGAUUUUGGAGGAGAAGAAGAUCGGGUACUUGAUUCCAAGAAACGAGCGAGACGGAUCGUUCACAAGGGAGUCAGUGGCCGAGUCAGUGAGGCUGGUGAUGGUGGAGGAAGAAGGUCAAGUGUACAGAGACAAGGUCAAGGAGAUGAAGGGUUUGUUUGGAGAUAGUGGUAUUCAAGAACGUUACGUGGACAAUUUGCUGCGACAUCUUCAGUCACGUACCCGUGUCACUGUCAAAUAAUACGACAGCAUGUGCCAACUGCCAAGUGUCAGUAAAAGAUUGAAAGGCAGGUUAUCCUAAGAUGGAUGCCCCACAUCUUGAUAUGAUCGGUUGCAACAGAGUUAAUUAUUCAAUCUCUAUUUUCAGUAAAAUACAUACCUGACUUGGCAGUUAA